AUGUCAAAUCCGAGCUCCCGCAUCUCCGCCCUGGCCCAACUCCAACCUGACGGAUACACAACAGCCCAUCACAUAGACAACCCACCAACCAGCUUUCGGAACCCAUGGCCGUCGUACAAGUCUUCUGGUAUCAUAUCUGCAUUCCGUGGCCGCUUUCAUAACACGACCAAAAACUUUGUUCCUGUGCCCAGUGAUCGCGCGGGACUCGUUGGCGUACGGAGACCUGACUUCACUCCUACCUCAACAUCACGGCAGCAAAAGAAUAGUUUCAAGGUAAUAUGGAUCGGCCAUGCUUCUUUCUUCAUCGAGACUCCUGCCUCACAACCCGGGGAGCGGGGUAUGCGCCUUUUGCUCGACCCCGUCUGGAGCGAGCGCGUAGGGCCAUAUAACCUCGUCGGUCCCGUCCGGUUUACACCACCGCCCUGCACUAUCGACGACUUGCCAGAGAUUGACGCAGUACUCAUCUCGCAUGAUCACUACGAUCAUCUUGACUCGGCAACCCUCAAGCAACUCAUGGCCAAGCAAAACGGUGACUUGCGCUUCUUUUGCGGAUUGGGCGUCAAAGCUGUAUUGACAGGCCUGGGUGUGGGUAUCAGAGCAAACCAAGUCGAGGAUAUGGACUGGUGGCAUGGAUUUACCAUGGAAAAGGAGGGAGUGGCUGCUGCACAGGUCAUUUGUACGCCUGCCCAACACCGAUCUGGACGAACGCCUUGGGGGUUCGACAGCACGCUAUGGUGCAGUUGGGUCAUCCAAUCCCCAGCUCCUUCCACAGACACAGAUGCCGACAAAAGAAAAGAUGGAGUUCAAGACAUGGACACUCGCAAACGGCUCUUCUUUGCGGGCGAUACGGGCUAUUGCGCUGUGGAUUCCGACGCUCAAUUCUCCCAUCACCAUAGUCCUCACCCAUCAUGUCCUGCCUUUAAAGACAUAGGACAACUCUACGGCCCUUUUGAUCUUGCGCUAUUGCCCAUUGGAUGUUUCAAACCACGCUCCGUCCUCUCAAAUCAACACUGUAGUCCAGAAGACUCACUUAGUAUUCACAAGGAUGUGAGAAGUAAAAGAAGUAUAGGCAUGCAUUACGGCACCUUUCGGGGCUCCUAUUCGGCAAGCUUUGAGCCCGUCACCGAGCCGAGUGAGCGUUGGAGGAAGGGGGUGGAGGCAGAAGGGCUGGAGUGGGGAAUUGACGUUGGACUAUGUGAUGUGGGUGAGACGGUCGUCGUCUGA